GGCCCGCUCCCCGCCCGCGCCGGCCCCAGGCAGCACUCGCGAGCAGCGGCGGCCGCGGCCGGCGGCCGAGAGGGGAGAAUGCGGCGGCGCUCGCGGAUGCUGCUCUGCUUCGCCUUCCUGUGGGUGCUGGGCAUCGCCUACUACAUGUACUCGGGGGGCGGCUCCGCGCUGGCCGCGGGCGCGGGCGGCGGCGCCGGCAGGAAGGAGGACUGGAAUGAAAUCGACCCAAUUAAAAAGAAAGACCUUCAUCACAGCAAAGGGGAUGAGAAAGCACAAAGCAUGGAGACCCUCCCGCCAGGAAAAGUGCGGUGGCGGGACUUUAACCAGGAAGCUUACGUUGGGGGGACGAUGGUCCGCUCCGGACAGGACCCCUAUGCCCGCAACAAAUUCAACCAAGUGGAAAGCGAUAAGCUGCGGAUGGACAGAGCCAUACCUGACACCAGACAUGACCAGUGUCAACGGAAGCAGUGGCGGGUGGACCUGCCGGCCACCAGCGUGGUGAUCACCUUCCACAAUGAAGCCAGGUCGGCCUUGCUGAGGACAGUGGUCAGUGUGCUUAAGAAAAGCCCACCCCACCUCAUCAAAGAGAUCAUCUUGGUGGACGACUACAGCAAUGACCCUGAGGACGGGGCUCUCUUGGGGAAAAUUGAGAAGGUGCGCGUUCUCAGAAAUGAUCGGCGAGAAGGCCUGAUGCGCUCGCGGGUCCGGGGGGCCGAUGCGGCCCAGGCCAAGGUCCUGACGUUCCUGGACAGCCACUGUGAGUGCAACGAGCACUGGCUGGAGCCCCUCCUGGAGAGGGUGGCCGAGGACAGGACUCGAGUCGUGUCCCCCAUCAUCGAUGUCAUUAAUAUGGACAACUUUCAGUAUGUGGGGGCGUCUGCUGACUUGAAAGGCGGUUUUGACUGGAACCUGGUAUUCAAAUGGGAUUACAUGACACCUGAGCAGAGAAGAUCCCGUCAAGGGAACCCAGUCGCCCCCAUAAAAACCCCUAUGAUUGCUGGUGGGCUGUUCGUGAUGGACAAGCUCUACUUUGAAGAACUGGGGAAGUACGACAUGAUGAUGGACGUGUGGGGAGGAGAGAACCUGGAGAUCUCGUUCCGCGUGUGGCAGUGCGGCGGCAGCCUGGAGAUCGUCCCCUGCAGCCGCGUGGGACACGUGUUCCGGAAGCAGCACCCCUACACCUUCCCAGGCGGCAGCGGCACCGUCUUCGCCCGCAACACCCGCCGGGCAGCAGAGGUCUGGAUGGAUGAGUACAAAAAUUUCUAUUACGCAGCAGUGCCUUCUGCCAGAAACGUCCCUUAUGGAAAUAUUCAGAGCCGACUGGAGCUUCGGAAAAAACUUAGCUGCAAGCCUUUCAAAUGGUACCUCGAAAAUGUCUACCCAGAAUUAAGGGUGCCUGACCACCAGGACAUAGCCUUUGGGGCCCUGCAGCAGGGGACCAACUGCCUGGACACCUUGGGACAUUUCGCUGACGGCGUCGUGGGAGUCUACGAGUGCCACAAUGCGGGGGGCAACCAGGAAUGGGCCUUGACGAAGGAGAAGUCAGUGAAGCACAUGGAUCUGUGCCUGACGGUGGUGGACCGGACGCCCGGCUCUGUCAUAAAGCUGCAGGGCUGCCGGGAAAACGACAGCCGACAGAAAUGGGAGCAGAUCGAGGGCAACUCCAAGCUGCGACACGUGGGCAGCAACCUGUGCCUGGACAGCCGCGCGGCCAAGACGGGGGGCCUGAGCGUGGAGGUGUGCGGCCCGGCGCUGUCCCAGCAGUGGAAGUUCACGCUCAACCUGCAGCAGUAGGAGGCCGCGCCCGCCUCCCCCCUGCACCGCUCGGCCGAGUCUGGCGAUCACAUUAUUGAUUAUGUUUCUUGAACUUUCCGCGAAACUAUAUACCUCAGUAUUCCAUCAUGGUCUGAAAGUUGGAGAACUGUGAGGCACGGGGCCCGGCUGGACACGGAAGAGGCCAGGAAAGAGCAGCCGCGCUGCCCCCGUCGCGGGAGAAAGCCGGGCCCCCUUCCCCACCCCCCUCCCCCAACCCAGGGACGGCGGAGAAGCGGCCCUGACGCGUACGAAGUGGGGGGCAGGGAGGGGGCGGCGGUGUCGUUGCUACGUCCCCACGAGGAGAACUCUUUGGAAAUCUCCAUCUUUCAUCCCGUCGGAAUCGCGUCUGGUUUCCACAGCAGCGAAGCGUGUCGCCCUAGCAGGCGUACGUCGCGUGGCCCUGUCCCCGCCCCUCCGCUCCGGCUGUCCCCCAGCGCAGCCCCCGCCUCCACACGUGCUGUAUGUGAGUAAGAACUUCUCCGCGGGGGACACUGAAUACAAGUAUAUAGAAGGAAGGAAUGUACGGUCAGUUCCCUAUGGUUUCUGUAGGUCGUUCUCAUCCCGUCAGUUCUCCACAGAGCAGCCCGCGGCCGGAAGGAGGAGGGCGGGCUCUCCGGCAGGCGUGCAGGGGUCCCCGGUGUCCCCGGAGCGUCCUCGGGGGGCGCGCGCACGCGCGUGGCUUCAGCUCGGGAGUCCCCGCCAAGGGUCGGAAUCCACACCUUGUGCCCUCCGUAUCUGUAAACCUGGAUGGGUUGCUUGUUUUAGCAGACGUUUCUUUCGGUCUUUUUAAAUUCAAUUUCUUUUCUCUUAGGGAAAAAUAACACAAAACAAACCCCCCACCCCCGCGGUCCUCAGUAGGUGACGGCAGGAAGCUGUCUCCUUGGCAGAGUCUGGGCGAGCUGGCGAGGCCGGCCAGAGGCCCUGCACGCGGUGACAGAGUGGCUCCUUGGUCAUCUCUCGCGGCCACCUCCUCCCUCCGCCUCCCCACCCGGCCAGCUGCCCACACCCAGGCCCCAGAGAGGCCACCCGGGCCGCCCACAGGCUCCCACGCGGUGGGGGAGGGGUGCGCCUCAGACCUGCACGCCCUCAGGCCCCUUUCAGGGAGAGACUGGGAGGGCAGGGUGAGCAGCGGCCUCGGCACCAGGCGCCGGGUUGACGCCCCGCAGAGUGCCCCUCUGUCCCCUGCCUGUUCUUCAGGAAAGGGCACCGGGGUGGUCUGUUUUCCACUCUCGUGUGUGCGCCGGGACACUGGGGCCGGACCUAGGGGGUGACCGUCCUGCGCCUUCCUGCCGCCUGCCAAGCUCGCACAUGUGCUUUCAGGACCGGGCGCCCGUAGCUGGCCUCCCCCGGCACACCCGUGUCUUCACAGCCUGGUCCUGACUCCGGGAGGCCCCUGGGGACGGUGCCCCAGGCCCGCGCGAGGCAGUGGGACCAGGCGGGCCAGGACCCAGUCCCGGCCGUCGCCCGGGCGCCUGGCUUGCAUCUUCAGGCCCUGUGUCACCUGCUUGCGGUCCCCGUGUUAGGAAGAAACCCCCCACUGCUAGAAAACCAAUUUGGCUUUGAUGUAAAAUUGUAAUCAGGUUCUUGGCGCGUCCUUCGCUCCCACGCCCCCACCCCCACCCGAACUCUCACCAACCUCGUACCAUCGGGUCGGGCCCACCCGGCCCCUGAAAGGGCCGCUCCCCACCCCUGCACCGGCGGGGGGACAGCGGCCUCCGACCGGGCGGGCGUCGCAGCAGGGGCGGCUGGGAGGGCUCCCUCGAGGUGAGCUAUGUUUACAUGACACAGUGUGCCAAAGUGACUUACUGUGGUUGCGUUAUUUUGUAGUCAUCGGGAUGAUCCCACCCUCUCCCGUUUUUACAAGUACAGAGUCUUUCCUAAGAGCCCUUCGAGCAAAGCGUGGCGAAGGUAGUCGUCCUCUCUGUGGUGGUCUUUCCUACGUCCUCAUAAACGCUAAAACGAUGGUAUCUGUGAGUAUGUUUUGCAAAUUCAAAGUAUAGUUUGGUAAUUUUUUUUCCAGUUGAUUUUUAAAAAGAACUGCUGUACAGAGCUUGUACUUUGUCCAUUUUAUAGAUGGAAACCAUCCUCGAAAAUUGUUUAACUUAAAUAAAGAGAAGAUACUUUAUAGAUAAUGCUCA